UCUGCAUCCCACGAAGGACUACAUGUCCCAAACUGCAUUGCUACAACUCACCAUUGUUAAGAUCCAUAUGUGCCACAACUGCUGACAUCUACAUACUAGAACCGCCUGACUUCUGUUUUUAAUCUUGGGCGACUAAGGUCUGGCUUGAGUGUCUCUCUCUCUCUCUUUACCCCCCUCUCUCUCUUUCUCUCUUUCUCUCUACUCUCUCCCUCCCUUACUCUUUCUCUCCAGAGUCCUCGGGCCGCACACAACUGUACCUGAAGAGAGAGAAGCAGGAAGGUUUACUUUGAGUUGUGCAGCCAUGUUUGCUCUGGGAUCCAUCCUGUUGGCUGGACUGAGUCUGAGUUUAGCUCAGUACGAUUACUAUGAUGAAUACUACAUACCCUCCGCACCACUGGAGGGCGUUUCAUCACCUACUUGUGCCCAGGAGUGCGAAUGUCCCAUCAACUUUCCCACUGCCAUGUACUGCAAUGAGCGCAACUUGAAGUUCAUCCCCAUCGUGCCGACCGGAAUCAAAUACCUCUACUUACAGAACAACUUCAUUGAGGAGAUCAAGGCUGGCGUGUUUGACAAUGCCACAGACCUUCGCUGGCUUGUCCUCGACAACAACAACAUCACCAGUGACAAGAUCCAGGCUGGUACUAUUGAUAAACUAGGGAGCUUGGAGAAGCUCCUCUUCAGUCAUAACAAGCUGACCAAACCCCCAGGUUCUCUUUCGAAGUCUCUGGAUGAGUUGAAGCUGAUCGGUAACAAGUUGUCCUCAUUCCCUGCUAACACUUUGGCUGGGAUGGAAAACCUGACCACCGUCCACUUGUCCAAGAACAAGCUUACCACCGAGAGCAUCACAGGAGCCUUCAAGGGCCUCAAGUCCCUCAUUCUGCUGGAUGUGAGCGAGAACAAGCUCAAGAAACUUCCCUCGGGAGUUCCAGCUUCGCUUUUGAUGCUCUAUGCUGACAAUAAUGACAUCGACAGCAUCCCUAACGGCUACCUGGCAAAGCUGCCACUCCUACAAUACCUCCGCAUCUCCCACAACAAACUUGUCGACUCAGGAGUCCCUGCAGGAGUGUUCAACGUGUCCUCUCUUCUUGAGCUUGACCUGUCUUUCAACAAGCUGAAGACCAUCCCUGAGAUCAACGAAUCACUCGAACACCUCUACCUGCAAGUCAAUGAGAUAAACAAGUUUGAGCUGACGAAUAUCUGCAAGUUUAGCUCACCGGUCAACUACUCUAGACUGAGGACCCUGCGCUUGGAUGGAAACAACAUCACACACAGCAGUAUGCCAGAUGACACGGCUAACUGCCUACGCCAGGCCUCAGAGAUCAUCUUUGAAUAGAGCUAAAUCUCGCCAGUAGUUCAUCAAACAAAAUAAGGCUUCAACUCUUAUUAAACCAGGGCAGCCCAAAACUGUUCCUGGAGGUCCAAUGUCCUGUAGAGUUUAGCUCCUGAACAAGCUAAUGAAAAUCUUCAGACUCACUAUAAACUUCUAAGCAAUUGUGUUGUAACUAAAAUUUGCAGGACUUUGGCUCUUCAGGAGCAGGAUUGGAUGCCUAAACCUGUUCCCAGAUGGCCACUAUCUUGCAGAGUUUAGCUCCUAAACAUGCUGAUGAAUGUCUUAAGGCUCAUUUGAAACUUCUCAGCAAUUGUGUUGUAGCUAAAAUUUGCAGGACUUUGGCUCUUCGGGAGCUGGAUUGGAUGCCUAAAUCUGUUCCCAGAUGGCCACUAUCUUGUUAGUUUAGCUCCUGAAAAACUAAUGAAGUUCUUAAGUCUCAACAUAACUUCUUAGUGCAUUGGAGCUUAAAUCUGCAGGACUUUGGACUCUGGAUGUCUUUAUUCGUGAUUCUGGCAACCACAUUUGGUCAUUUGCACAUUGUCGACAAUAUUUGCUGUUUAAAAAGUUUGGAUUAAAAAUGGGCAGCAAUAGUCUGAAAAUCUUGAAAAUCUGGCACAUAAAAGAUCUGUCUUGUAUUAUAAUGUAUGAAAAGUGGACAUUUCAAUCUAAAGAGAGAGGCAUAUUGCUGUGCACUCUAUAAGAAGUUGCGCUAUAUGUCAUCUAACUGCAUCUUAUUUUAUUUUCGCAUGUUAAAAUCUUUAAUCAUUCGAAACUGUAAUCAUAUUAUUAAUAAGCCUGCCGGUAAGGAUAUUCGAUUGUUUUCUAUACAACUUAUAGAUAAGAACUAAACGCACAAUAGUGCAUUUUAAUUUACGCCAAAUAAAAAAACAAAUUUUGUAAAUUGAGUGAAUUCUAUCCAAUCUCAAAGGGGGUUUAUUUAAAUGAGAAACUGCAGUGGCAAUUUUUUAAUCGCAAACUAGUAGCAGCUUGCAUUUCUAAACACUGCCAACAUUUAUACCAUAUUCUACUGUAUCUGCAUGCAGCUCAUCUUAAUUUUGUAACAGUAAUUCCUUUCAGUUCUAUGGUAAACAGCAAUGAUUUUUUUGAUGUAUUCAAUACACCAUUUCACAUCAUCACAAUGUUAGUCAAAUUAUUGAACCACGAGAUUACCAUAACUUUGGCAGACUGUUAUGUAAAAAUUGUUUUCAAGUUUCCUGAUUGUUUUGUUCCUCAAGACAACAUCAAAGCAGUUUGUUCAUCUUAAAUUGAAUAAAAAAACAUUAUGUGGGAGAUACUGAUGGUGUCAACUCUAAAAUCAGAUCAAAUAUAGUAUUAUAAUACAGUGCAAUUUCAUUUAUCAAGUAAUCAGUGAAGUCAUGCUUUAAAUUGUAUUAAGUGUUGUUUGUCUAACUAAAAUUACGCUUGCACGUCACAGUUCAGGCAAGCUUCUCCAAAUUUGAUUGUUUUGAUCUUAAUUGUUGCCCAUCUAGCAUGACUUGAUGUGGAUUUCCAUUUCUUAACCCCACUGUUUGGAAUGUAAAGAAUGUUCUGGUAUGAAUCUGUCCUUCUUCCCUCUCCGUUUUGGCCUCUCACUCAGACUCCUGGUUGCCAAUUUAGUUCUUUUUGAAGCAGAGCCAUGAUGACAGAACUACUUCCUGUAGGAAGCGUGUUCACUUGAUGUCUGAAGAACAGGCUGUGAAUAUAAAAAACAGUGAAAAGAUAAAAAUGGUCACUGUAUACCUGCUGGCAGCCCAUGAUAAGAAAUAUUUGACUUAAUGUUACUUUCAAAGGUUAGACAAAAUCAAAUCAUCCAAUAAAAAUGAUAGGCUUUAGUAGUAGUUUUAUGUUAAAUCUUUAUGCAUGUCCAUAAAACCCAAACUGCGAUCAAAUUGUAGCCUUAAAGGAUCAGUUCACCCCUAAAAAAUUAAAGAUCUGUUAUUAAAUUCUCCCUAUCGUGUUGUUUCAAUUCCCUGAAAGUACAUUAAUCUUCAUAUUAAGACAUGUUAAGAUAGUUUAGAUAAAUUGUGAGAGCCCUCUCGUCUUCCAAAAGACAGCAAAGUUCAGCAAAGGCAAUGUUCUUAAGAGUAACUGUAAUGAUAUGAAGCUCCAAGAACACUGUGUGCCAAAUAAAAUGUAAAUACGUUCGCAUAUAUCUGCUCUCCUACAAGAGGUCAUCUAGGUGCACAUUUAUUAAGGGAAGUAUGACAUAUUGCUAUUAUUGCCCAUAGUGAACACACAGCCGAAUAUAAUGUCUGUGAUGUAAAUCUGUGACGUAUUCAUACUGUCCUUACACAUCUCAGUUCAUGGGUCUACUACAUUGUAAUUAAACUUUUAGCCUCAUGACAUAGAAAAAUAUGCAAACUUCCAAAGGUCAUCCGGGUUCACCUACUGUGCACUCUUGUAAAUAAUGGCCAUUGAUCUUCCAAGAAUAUCCUUUAACAUCCAAAGUAAAUUGACCUGUACUUCCCAGAGGUUCGUUACAGUGUAAAAAUGGUUCUUCUGAUUAUUCAAAUGUUAUUUGUGCUAAGAAACUAAUGGUUCAUGAAAGGUUAUUUAAAUAACGCAAAGCAUUUAUAAAGUGAUAGUUACUCAACAGUUAAUAAAAGUAUAUAUAUUUUCAUUUUUGUGUAAAUGGUUUCUUCUUUAAGUAAAUAAGCCCCUUUUUUGUUAGUUUCUUUAUGGCAUUGCUACAAAAACUCUUCAAAAUCUUUGUUUUUAAGAGUGUUUUUAAGUGUAGCUUGGAUGUUCAUAUCUUCUCACCAGUGUUUGAGUUAGCUGUAAACAUUUAUUCCCUUCCUUGGCCCGGGACAUACCUUGGAUGAAUCAUAAAAUAUCCCAACAGUUGGUCCAUUCUUUCCUUAUACUUCUUCCAACCAUCUGCUUCUAUCUGUCUCUCCGUCCCAAACCACACCUUUAUGACAGACACUUCAAACGUUGCAUUUAACAUAACUACAGAUUUGAGCACGAGUCAGAGCUAGCACUAAAAAUGAGUGUUUUAUUUAAAACAGUAGAAUUUGCAGGCAGACAACCUAGCAUUCCAGAGGAAUGAAGUGUUUUGGGUGACCAUCUGAUAGUUAUACAGCAAGGCAUUGUGGGAGUUCUUUUGUCUAUGUGUUGGAAACAGAUGAUGGAUGGGAAGUUCUGGCUUUAUAGCAGCCUGAAAAUAUAAGAUCACCACAAGCUGAUUUUGCACUUUUGAUUGCCUUUUUUCCCCCCAAAUGUUGAGGAUGAAACACGGUUUUCUGUCAUUUCACCAUACGCAUUGUACCAUACAUCAGAAGGAAAAAGAAAUGUUGAAAAGAAUCUUGGUUCAGGCCAUUGAUUGUUCAUUAGAGACUGAUCUUUGCAAAAGUUUGGCAUACAUCACCAGAGCGAAGUUUGUCUUUCUUCAAAUUUGUGUUUUUGCUACAGCACUGUAAAGACACUUAACUUUUGAUCUUGCCAUGUCAUAUGUGUUUUUUUUCAGUGUGCUUGUCAGCUGUGCAAUUGUGGUCUUGCUAAAAAACCACAGCCUGUUAUUCAGCAAUACUUAAAAGACUUUGAGUGGGAAAGAGACCAUUGUGGUGUUUCUUAGCUUGUUCUCCUACAGCUGAUCUCUUGAGAGAAAAGAGUUUCCUGUUGUUGUUUAGAGCACAACUGCUGUCUUGCACUGUCAUGCUAUGUGAGAACACAGGCAACAUAAAUAAAUAAAUACAUUUGCAGAGUAAACACAGAUACCGUAAAGGGAUGAUUAAAUAUUAUUUGCUACAUGGGA